UCCUCCUCCGCUGUAUCCCAUACACCAUACCCGCCAUUCUCGGCCUCCUCAUGGUCAUCUUCCUGGCCAUACCCGCCCUAAUGCCCCCAGAGUUCCAGCUCAACCCGGGCUCUUCCCUUUCCUCCCUCAACAUCUCCACUUCCCUCGUCACUGCCCGAUGGAAAAUCGCUCUCUCCAUCAAGAACCCCAGUAAGCUCAUCCCCGUCAAGUACUCUCACAUGAAGCUCCGGUUGAGUUUCGAUGGCCGACUCGCUCUCUCUCGUUCCUCCCUCAUUCCCACCUUCACUCAGGGCCCCGGCAACGUGACCACAGUCCGAGCUGAGGCCCUGUCAAUGAUGGGCAUCGUCAAUGACUUGGACGUGAAGGGCCUGGUGAGCUCCUUGAAGAGCGGGGUGGUGACCAUCGACGUGGUGGUGAGAGCCAAGCGGAGGCUGCACUUGGGUCCGUGGUGGGUGCCCGUGUUCGACGCGUACGCCUCGUGCAUGGACGUGACCUUCACGGCUCCGAUCGACGGUGAGGACGGCGCUGAUUGGAUGAUCCUCGGAGGCACCCUGAGUUGCACGCUCGACAUCUUCACUCAACUCUGAUCCUUGAGGCUCUGGCUUCUGCAAAUUGGAGCAUCGGUUGGAGUUGUCUUUCCUAGCCUAUUACUUUGGCAAGUACUUGAAAUCUUGAGGCCUCUCAGUCGC